GACCCCAAAAAUCUCUAAAACUUUUUUUUAAGCUUCGACAAUUCCCAUUUCCUCUUUUUCAUACCUUCUUUUUUACCAACCCAAGAAUUCCACAGCGCUUUGCGCAACAAUCAUCAAAAUGGGUACCGGUAAGAAAGAAGCGACCAGAAAGGUCAAGCAAGGGAAAGUGGGAGAUGGCAUGGCCAAUGUUAAGACCAAGGGUGAGAACUUCUAUCGGUAUGUCUCUGCAGUUAUCUCUCUCUAUUGAGGCCAUAGAACUGAUUAAUUCCUAGCACUGCGAAGCAGGCCAAGACCUUAAAUAUGUUCAACGAAGGCAAAGCUCGACACAAUGCCGCAGGAAAGGUUAUUCAAGCUGCAACCUUCCAAAGUAGAGAAACAAAGCCCGCACGAAUUGAGCCCAACAGAAAAUGGUUUACAAACUCGAGAGUCAUUGGUCAAGAUGCGUUAAACUCUUUCCGAGAAGCCAUGGCUGAGCGAGCGAGUGAUCCUUACUCGGUUUUGCUAAAGACUAACAAAUUGCCAAUGUCAUUGAUUCGCGAUGGCCAAGGAAAAAAUGGAUUGAAGCAACAUCAAGCCAAGAUGGCCGUCGAGGCGGCUCCAUUCAGUGAUACUUUUGGUCCAAAGGCACAACGAAAGAGAGUGAAGCUUGGUGUCAGUUCUUUAGAAGAUCUUGCGGACGAUAGCGUGAAAAGUCACGAUACAUAUUUGGAUCGCCUCGAACAAGCAAAGCUUUUGAGUGGAACUUCAAACGAUCCUGAAGCCGUUGGAGAAGCUGCUGCAAUCGACGAUGGUCAUAUCACCAGUGCCCGUGAAGCAAUUUUCAGCAAAGGUCAAAGCAAACGUAUAUGGAAUGAGCUUUAUAAGGUUAUUGAUUCUUCAGAUGUGGUUAUACAUGUUUUGGAUGCUAGGGAUCCCUUGGGGACCCGCUGUCGGACUGUCGAAAAGUACAUCAAGGAUGAAGCACCACAUAAACAUCUGAUAUUCGUACUCAAUAAGUGCGAUCUUGUGCCUACCGGGGUUGCCGUAAGUUUAAACGACUUACAUUUUUCUACUCCUUUUCACCCAUUUUCUGCUCUCUUCUCCGCUCCCUUUUCCGCUCCAUCGUUAAGUCAAGGCACCUUCUGCAUUAUGUGCUCCUCACAAUGGAAGGAAGUCUGUUACAACUUUGGUAGAUUAAGUUCAUUCUCGCCGCUCUUGGCCCUUGGGUCUUGAGUAGGCAGCUCACCGUCUUGGAGAGUCUGUCGCAAAGAGUUUGAUAAUGUUUCGUUUGAGUUGAAGUCCACUUCCUCUUUAGCUAGUGGCUUGUGGUGGUUUUCUUAGUAAUGAUUCAUACAUUUCACCAAUUCACAAAACACUUUUUCCAUAUGCAAUAUAUUUCAAUGGCAAAUGCUAAUUAUACUGCAGGCUGCCUGGGUGCGAUCGCUCUCCAAAGAUUAUCCAACACUUGCCUUCCACGCGUCGAUAACAAAUUCCUUCGGAAAGGGAUCCCUCAUCCAACUCCUCCGACAAUUCUCCUCCCUCCAUUCUGACCGCAAACAAAUAUCAGUUGGUUUCAUUGGAUAUCCAAAUACUGGCAAAUCAUCAAUCAUAAACACAUUACGAAAAAAGAAAGUCUGCACAGUAGCUCCAAUACCGGGCGAAACAAAAGUUUGGCAGUACAUCACACUUAUGAAACGUAUUUAUCUCAUUGAUUGUCCUGGAGUAGUCCCUCCAAGUACUACCGAUACCCCACAAGAUAUUCUACUACGAGGUGUAGUCAGAGUGGAAAACGUUGAACACCCAGAACAAUAUAUUCCUGCAGUUUUGAGUAAAACUAAACCCCAGCACAUUGAAAGAACAUAUGCUCUUAAAGGAUACAAAAAUCACAUUGAGUUCUUAGAGCUGCUCGCAAGAAAGGGCGGAAGAUUAUUGCAUGGGGGCGAACCUGAUGUUGAUGGUGUAGCCAAGAUGGUCCUCAAUGACUUUUUGAGAGGAAAAAUUCCAUGGUUUACACCACCUCCCAAACUCGAAGGCCCAGAAGAAACCGGAGUUGAAGGUCGUGAGGGUAGACUGGGCGAAAUGCCAAGGAAGAGAAAGCGGGAUGAAGCUGGUGAAUCAGUAGCUGAGACAUCUGUUGGAGAUAUUACGUCGACGAUCGCGGCUGAUGAUGAGGAUGAUUCGUAAGCUCUCAAAGAAAACCUUAACAUCCAGACUGAAACUAAUAUUUUUUGCAGAUUCGAAGGCUUUAAUAGCGACAACGAAGAUGGUGGCGUUGAGUUAGACGAUGUCGCUGAUGCUGAAACCAUUGAUAAAGCUUUCGGCAUAGAUUCCGACGAGGAAAGUGAGGCUGACGAUGCUGAUGAAUCUGCCGAGGAGGAUAAUGCCGAGGCUGCCAACGAGCAACUUCAGAAACAACUUUCAAAAGACUCAAAUACCUCGAGGCGGAAACACCAAUCAAAGAAGAGAGGUCAAAAGACAUAAGAGCUUAUGUAGAUAGAAAUAUAUUAAUGAUAAUACCAAUGAUAAUGCCAAUGAUACCCCUUCACAACGCUUCCGAUGUGCCACACCUGAAUAUGCCGGCGAAUAUU